GCCACAAAGGAGAAGGAACUCAGAUAGCCAGAGCAUUUACCAGGUCACCAAAUAUUCAAGCUCACCAAAGCAUCCAUAAAGGAGAAAAACCUCACAAAUAUAAUGAAUAUGGAAAAUCUUUCACCUGUUCCUCAAGGCUUAAAGUUCACAACAGAAACCAUACUGGAAACAAACCUUACAAAUGUAAUGAAUGUGGGAGAUCCUUCACUAAUUCCUCAAACCUUAUUGUUCACCAUAGAAUCCAUACAGGAGAGAAACCUUACAAAUGUAAUAAGUGUGGUAAAUCCUUUACGCAGUCCACACAACUUCAUGAUCACUACAGAGUUCAUACUGGAGACAAACCUUACAAAUGUAAUGAGUGUGGGAAAUCUUUCAGCCGUUGCUCAAGUCUUAGAGUUCACCAGAGGAUCCAUACAGGAGACAAACCCUACAAAUGUAAUAAGUGUGGUAAAUCAUUUACACAGUCCACACAUCUUCAUGUUCACUACAGAAUUCAUACAGGAGACAAACCAUACAAAUGUAAUGAGUGUGGGAAGUCCUUUGCCCGUUCUUCAAAUCUUAAAGAUCACCACAGUAUCCAUACUGGAGACAAACCUUACAAAUGUAAUAAGUGUGGUAAAUCAUUUAUAAAAUUAUCACAUUUUCAAGUUCACUACAGAACACAUACUGGUGAGAAACCUUACAAAUGUAGUGAAUGUGUGAAAUCCUUUACACAGUCCUGUGAUCUUAAAAUUCACUACAGAAUCCAUACUGGAGACAAACCAUACACAUGUAGUGAAUGCAAGAAAUCUUUCAGCUGUUCCACAGGACUUAGAGUUCACCACAGAAUCCAUACAGGAGACAAACCUUACAAAUGUAAUAAGUGUGGUAAAUCAUUUACACAGUCCUCACAACUCCAUGUCCACUACAAAAUUCAUACUGGUGAGAAACCUUACACAUGUAGUGAAUGUGGGAAAUCCUUCACCCGUUCUUCAAGUCUUAGAGAUCAUCACAGCAUCCAUACUAGACAUACAAUAUUUCAUACUGGAGAGAACACUUACAUGUGUAAUGAAUGUGGAAAAUCCUUCAUCCAUUCUUCAACUCUCAGAGUUCGCCAGAGAAUCCAUGUAGUACCCAGGCCUUAGAAACAUAAUAAGUGUGAUAAAUAAUUUACAUGGUUCUCACGUCUUCAAGCUUACUACAGAAUCAAUUCUAGAGUUCAACCCUACAAAUGUAAAUAA